UCUUUGGAAAAAAGAGGAGGAAGCAAGAACUGACAAGGACUGAAGGGAACAAGAAAUUUUUAAAAAAGUCAACACGGUCCACACUGAUCCUAAGUCUGUGUGGCACUUUCCCAUGUGACUGGAAACCCGCAAACGAAAACUGAUCCUGGGUCAGGUCUGUGAGCACAUGAGGGUUUUGUGUUUGCCAAAGGGGAUGAGAGUAAUUUCCGUUUCUCUCUUGGAUCCUUCAGGCAGUUGCUGCUUUGCCACAUACAGACACAUGCUAUAAACACAAGGUUCAGUCAGACCACAGGACAGUUUAGCAGCCCCCACUUCCUCAUCGAGUCGAAGCAGAGCGAGCGAACAUGAGUUUCCUGUGACGCCUCUGUGUCUCUGGUCAAUUAGUUUACUCACAUCACUCCACUGUCGAGCUACCCUGCAUGGAAAGACGGCGGGCCUCAUCGUAUCCUGGGGGGAGCUCUCUGGUAGAUAUACACUGACAGCCAUCGGGGGGAUUGUCUCCAAAAACCUGGACCUGUCUCUGGACACAAAAACACAUCAGACCUGUUCAGUUAGAAACAGUCUUCAGAAGAAAGCUGUGAUGCUGUUUUCACCCAGUUAGUGUGUGUGUGAGUGCGUCUUUGGGAUAUUCAGCCAUGCUACAGCAGUCAGAGCUCAUCUUUGACUUUGCCAGUGACCAUAUUAACAUGUCACAGCUGGGGGGUCACUCAGAUUACCCUGCAGUGAUUGUAGAGCAGGUUCCCCAUCCACACCUGCUCUCAUAUUCAGGUCUAGCGUGUGAACAGUCACAGACAGAGGAGGAUCACCAACAGCUGCUCAAAGUGGAGCCAUGUGAAAGUGGAGAAGAAGAGACCAUGGAGACGCUUGUUGCUGCUGACUCGCUUCUCAACAUGGACUGCUCUGACACCCUCUCCCUGGAACAACACUACUCCGAGACCUUCUUACCAUCACUGGGUGAUGUCGUCACCACUCCUGUUACCCAGGUGACUGUGUCAGCAGAGGGGAUCGUGGGACCUGUUGACCAGUCACAAUGGCACUCGCUGCAUACAAAGAAGCCCACGGCACAGCUGCAGUCCAAAAAAAGAAGUAGAAAACCUCGACAUCGGAGGGCAGAGUCUCCAACACCAGACAUUACAGUGAAAAAGGACAAAUAUAACAAAGGAGGAAACACACUGUACUUGUGGCAGUUCCUUAUGGAGUUGCUGCAGGAUCGGCAGGUCUGCCCUCGCUACAUCAAAUGGACUAAUCCCCACGCAGGGAUCUUCAAGCUGGUCAACUCAAAGGCAGUGGCUAGACUCUGGGGCAAACACAAGAACAAGCCAGAUAUGAAUUAUGAGACAAUGGGCCGAGCACUCAGGUACUACUACCAGAGGGGGAUACUGAAUAAGGUUGAAGGCCAGCGUCUCGUCUACCAGUUCACCUCUCUGCCCAAAGACAUGGUUUAUAUCACAGAUGGAGAUGGCACCAAAGAAGAAGAAGAUGACGAUCACGACGACAAUGAUGAAGGUGUGAGUGAUGACUCUGAUGACAGCACAAUAUCUUCUAGUGACCAAUCAGUAGAGGAUGAAGAUUCCCACCCACCACAGAAGAAGAUGUCAUCCGGUAGCUCUGUCCGAGCCCCAGCUACCCAGCGGACCAGGCCGGCUGCCAGGCCUUCGGGUCAGCGUGACACCGUCCUGCGGCCUGCCAGCUCCAGCCUGAUCCAGGAGCAACAUUUGCCCAUUGUGUCUGCUGAGAUGCUGCGGACCCUCCAGAACCUGGAGAAAGUGCAGUCCCUGCAGCCCACAGGUCACGCCUCAGUCUUUAAAACGGCUCAGCUGCUGGGAAGCCUGUAUGGGCAACAGGCUGUAGACAGUGAGGGCGCACCUGAGACACAUGAGAAAAAGUCACACCGAGGGCAGAAAACCUCACAAGUAGAGACUCCACAGCUGGUGCCUCUAACCAGCUCUGACCAGUAGAACAGAGCAAUCCACCACCAGAUACCCACGCACAUACACUCCACUGACUCAGGACCAGUUACAGAGCUGCACGUUGUUGUGGCAAUGUCUUCACACCAGGGCCUAUAUUUCAUUAAGUGUGUAGGAGCGGGAUGAAUGAUCUAGGAUUGUUUUUGUAUUUUAGAUUUUUUUAAUGAAUUGGUAACAAAGGUAAUUCUAGAUCAGUCCUUCCUUACUGACGUCUGAGUUGGGAGGAAAUUGACAGGAACCAAAAUCUCACAGCGUUGAGCAGUUUACCCUCUCAGUAGACAGGCAGACUGUAAAAGUUCACAUUAUCUCAGCCUUCUGUUAUUCUUUGUUAACUAUACAAGACACCAAAGACAGACAUGCACUGGAAUCUAAAGCCUCUCUGCACUUCCUGCAGAUGCACCCGCUGCUUGCACUUCAGCUCCAGUAUCAUGGAGCUAAUUAUCUGAUCAGCACACUGUGCCCUCCUUCUCUGCCUUUACUCUUGCAGUUUCUCACUCUUUUCUCUUUGCUGUCACAUGCUGAAUCAUUCCUCUACCUUAAAUGUGGCUUUGCACUAAUGUUUACCCCUGCUGUAUGUUUCUCCUCGUAAGUGCCUGAAGAUCUCAGACCAUCCUGUCCCUGCUUCCACUGUUCCUGGUAAUCAUGAGGUUAUUGAGGGAAAACAUUCCAUACUAUUGUUAUUAUUAUUAUUUUUUUUAAAGAUUUCUGAAUUAUGUUUGUAUUGUGAAAUGUUGAAAACAAGGGAUCACUGUUAUUUCUAGAAUAGGAAUUAAGCACUGCUGCUGUUUAUAGCUGAUGUACACAGUGGACCUUCCUUUUGUUGACAAUCACCAGUGAAAUGGUCUAGUUGCCUUUUAUUUAGCUGCAGUGCCUCGUAGAUAAGUCUUUCUGCAAUGCACAUAUUCUGUUUAGUUAUUACACAUAUAUAAAUUGUUGUGUAUUGUGUGUUGUAUACUGUAUGUUUGUGAAAAUGUUUGACUUUGUGCCUUGUUGCCAUUUUCUCCCUCAGGUUUAUAAAAAAUUGUUUUGCUGCACAGACUAUAUACUCUAUGCAAGGAGUAAAACAGCUGGCCCUUUAUAAUGAAGUAAUGCUAAGUUCAGUGUUUUCUCUUCAGUUGAUCUUUGUUUAACUUCACAAAGCCAGCCUACAAAGCUUACCUUACUCCAAAUGAAAACUGAGAUUCGUAAGAUUUAGGCUGGCUUCUGGGAGGCUAAGCUUGGUUAAGAGAUGCUUAGAACCGUGCCUUUGCCCCCAGGCAGCCCCUAUGCAAAACUGUUUUCACUUUAUUACUGAGUAAACCAUUUAUUUUGAAAUCCCCUCACUUUAUCUGGAGGUCUCCUGAUGUUUUCUAAGUUUUGCUGAUAUGGAUUUGUAAGCCUGUAACAGAGGGAGAGGUGGAGUUUCUGUCGCUUUGUUCUCUUGUGUUUUGCUGUCCCAGGUGUUGAAAAGAUAAUGUUCGAUUAUAUGAAAUAAACUUAAUUUUGGCAUUGCCUGUGUGAAAUUCA